AUGCCUUCACGAAGGUACAAUCAGAAUAGAAAUGUUCAUGCACGUCCUACAAGAGGGAAUGGAGGAAGAAUGAGACAGGAUAUUGGUAAGCGACCUCAGCAGGCGCAGAUGCGACCAGUAUGUAGGCAAUGCGGAAAGGAGCAUGGAGGUAGACCUUGUCAGCUUACAGGCGUUAUCUGUUUUUCUUGUGGUCAGCCUGGACAUAUGGCUAAGGACUGUCCGAAAAAGCCAGUACAAGGAAUAGAUAGGCCGCGACAGCAAAGACGUGUGUUUGCUAUGACUGCUGAUGACGCAAUGAAAUCAGACUCCCUAAUUCAAGGUCAGUGUUAUGUCAAAUCUCGACUCUUAACUGUACUGUAUGACUCUGGUGCAUCACAUUCAUUUAUUUCUGAGACUGUUGCGCAUGAGUUGGGAUUAGAUUUCACCAUGUUAGAUUAUAAUCUAAUUGUUCGUACACCCACAUCUCAAAAUGCCUUGACUAGUCAAAUAUUAUCUUAG